UCUUUCUUACACCUAUGUAUAUACCCAUGAGAAUUUCGCGCAUCCGUCCUAUAGGUGUUACUGGCCCAGCCCAGCCCAGACCUGCACCGAGUCCAGGUUUUCAGACGUCGCAGACGGCGAAGAGCGGAUCUUCUUCUGGAGAUACAACACAACCCAACCCAUGCAUCAAUGUAACAGAAUCUCUCGAUGUCGAGUAACGAGGCUCGCAGUAGCCCGGGUAACCAAGGAUUGCCUCGAUAGAUUAUAAAGAGAAAAAGCAGUUUCUGCAGUCGAGAGAACAGAGCCGUGUGUUGUGUCGUGUGUGCUUGCAUGAGUUAUGAGGACGGAAUGCCCGCGGGCGGUAACAGUCGUUUCCGUAAUUACUCAGCGCGGGUCUCUGAACGUCAACAGCUCGCGCUGAUCAUGCAGAUGACGUCCCAGGAGAUGACAUCAGGUUCAUCAAAUAGAUCUGAAAGUACAAUACCUUUGAGCAAUGUCAGAUCAUCACCCUUGCAACAUCAAAAGAAUUCAAAGAAUCGUUGGUCAAACAAAAAUGCUGAGCUACUGGAUGUAAAUACUUCUUACAACCGGCAAGAUGAUCGCUUACGUCUUGCUAAUGGCUGUGAUUCUAAGGAUAGGAGUGAGUUCGCAGGCUCGAAUUCGCCAGACGAAGUGAGGACUGCUAGCGAAGCCGAGAGCCCCCGGGCUGCUGGCUCGCCUGCCGAGUGCGCUGCAACCGCCACUUCCACCAGCACUAGUGCCAGUGGUAGCAGCGUUGAAGCAGUAGUCGAAGAGCAUCAGCUACAGGACCAACAGCAGCAACAGUCUCAGGAACAGCAACACCUCGAGUCCUAUGAGAUGCGUAGGACACCGCCACAGAGCAAAGUGGAUAGGCAAGCUAGUGGUCAGCAGCAACAACAGCAGCAAUCUGGAGGAGGUGGAAGUAACGCUGGAAACAAUAGCGGAGGUAAUUCGGCUCGGCUCCGGCUGAAUCAGGUGCGAGCCACGAGGGAUGAGAAGAAGGGGACAAGCGCCCCAGGGACAAACAUUGCUGGCACUGCCACUACAGCCGCUGGUCAAGCCAGCAGCAGUAGUUGCAGCAACGCAUCGUCGCGCCAAGCUGCAGCAAUUUCUACUGCUGCCGCUUCUGGGUCCACGUCUCUGUUGUAG